GGCCGCUCGCAGCCCGGCUUUCCGGGAGAGACGCCGCUUGGCCGCCCCCGGACCGGCUCAGGCGAAGCGGCCGGCCUGGAGCCGGCCAUGAAAUCGGCCUUUGUCACCGUGGGGACGACCAGCUUCGAGGAGCUGAUCGCCGCGGUGACCGCCCCGGAGACUCUCCAGGUCUUGCGGCGCCUCGGCUACGGCCGACUCGUGCUGCAGGUUGGCAGAGGGGCGGCGGCCCCGGCCCCGUUCCGCACGGCGGCGUUUACACUGGAGGUGUUCCGGUUCAAGGAGUCGCUGGCUGAGGAGCUUGAGAGAGCGGAUCUGGUGAUCAGCCACGCAGGUGCAGGCACUUGUUUGGAGACACUGGAAAAAGGAAAACCACUCUUGGUGGUGGUAAAUGAAAAGCUGAUGAACAAUCAUCAGCUAGAAUUAGCCAGGCAACUGUACAGAGAUGGACACCUCUUUUACUGUACUUGUAGCACCCUUUUGGAGUCAUUGAAGUCAAUCAGUUUGUCAACACUGAAACCCUUUCCUCUUGGACAGCCAGAAAAGUUUGCUGCAUUCUUGGACAGAGUGAUUGGAUUUGAAUAACUAAUCCAGAAAAAUGAAAACGUUAGUAUGUGAUCAAAUUCUUCUAAUGUCACUUCCUUAAUAGGAAAAUCCACUUAUUCGAACCAACACUUUUUGUAUCAACUGAACAUAAAUAUGCCUGUUCAAUUUCAACUGACAUUAAAUAUUUUCCCAUUUAAUGCCAAUUUAAAAUCUACUGGCAUCAUACUUCAAGUAAAACAGUAGAGGUAUAGGGUUAUUUUUUGUUUGACAACUCUAUCUAAAGGACUUAUCUAGCAAGAGCCAAGGAGAGCCAGAAACUAAAGGCCCACAACUUGACUCUUGCAGACAAGGUCCAGAUGGCAAAUCCAGCUAACAGACAAAAAGAUGUUUCCUUGCAAUUUUCAGUCUCAACUGUGUGUAAGAUCUUAAAGAGAAAGAGAGAAAUCCUAAACGAGUAGCACAAUAGUUCAAACUACAAUCAAAAAUGGCAAUGGGUGGGGAAAAAGAACGGGGUAGAGGAGGCAAUUCUGCGCUGGUUUGUUCAUUCACAUCAUCAGAACACAUCAAUUACAGGCGAGUUACUGAUCAGGAAAGCAUAAAACAUUGCAACAGAAAUGGGACUUGAAAUUUUUGAACCAGUCAACAGGUGGCAUUACUGGCAGAAAGCAUGAACUAACAUUGUAUUUAAAUGGAGCCAUGGUGAGAGAGAUACUGGUAUCUGAACUCAAGCACUGGACAACAGAUGUCCUACCUUCAGUCUUGGCCAAAUUCUCUUUGGAGGACAUUUAUUGCUGAUUUACUUUACAGCAAUCCCAGAGGAAAUUCUGGUCUUUAAAAAGUCAUAAUUAGCAGCAAAAUAGCAAAGGAAAGAGUCACUGUUCUUGUGUGUGAAAGCCAAACAGACAAAGAUAAAAUGAAAAUUCUUGUGAUUGAAAAAAGGAAAAUGCCAUGUUGUUUUCCUGGUGUCCCCUCCCUGUCUACGAUCUAUAAA